GGAUGGAUAAAACCAACAACCAAGGUGGCAAUGAGUCGCUGACAUUUACAGCACCCAAACAGCCAAAGAAAACCAAAGAUCAACAACAGCAGCAACAGCCCCAAGGCCAGGGAGGCCAGUCAGCGUUACUACUAGCAGUAGCAGUCCAUGCAUACAGAUUUUCAAAUGGCACAUAUAUCAAACACGGGAAGCUUGGUGCAGCUAUUCUGGGUAACCACACAGCAAAUGAUUACAAGAUACUUCUAUACAUCAGCAAACAACAGCAAGUCACACAUGCAAGGAUAUCACCGACCUUUGCCUUUACAGUACAAGCAAACAACUAUGCAACAUUUUACGAUGAACAGAGACAAAACUGGUCAAUAAUGUUUGAAUCUGAACAGAAUGCUAUAGACUUUGCAAAACAGGUAAGGAAGGAGUGAAA